AUGAGAGUCUACAGUUGUCACUUUUGUUCUUCCCCAGUGUACCCAUUGCAUGGGAUCAUGUUCGUUAGAAACGAUGCCAAGGAAUUCAGAUUCUGUCGUUCCAAGUGCCACAAGGCCUUCAAGCAACGUCGUAACCCACGUAAAUUGAAAUGGACCAAGGCCUUCAGAAAGGCUGCCGGUAAGGAGCUUGUUGUGGAUUCCACCUUGACCUUCGCUGCCAGAAGAAACGUCCCAGUCAGAUACAACAGAGAUUUGGUUGCCACCACCUUGACAGCCAUGGCUAGAGUAGAUGAAAUCAGACAAAGAAGAGAAAGAGCCUUCUACAAGAAUAGAAUGAGAGGUAACAAGGAAAGAAAGUUGGCUGCCGACAGAAAGUUGGUUGAAGAAAACCCAGUCUUGUUGAAGAUGAGAGACGUUGAAUUGAGAAGAAAGGCCGAAAGAUUGGCUGCUAAGGAAAACGCCAUGGAAGAAGACGACGAAGAAGAAAUUGCAUCGGAAGAUAUCAUGAGCGAAGACGAAGAAAUGGAAUCCGAAUCCGAAUCCGAAGCCGAAUCCAAGAAGCAAAAGGUUUUGUUGAAGAACAAGAACAAGAAGAGCAAGAGGGUUGCUGCUUAG